AUGGUGUCGUACAAAUAUGCCUGUCCAGAUGCGACAGCUACGUUAAGGAAUACAGCUAGCACUAGCUCCACCGGUAGCGAUAGCUCAGACCGAACCAAAAGCACAGCCCCAACAAUCUACAGUGAACCCCUGUCGAAACGGCAGGAGGAAACGGAAGAAAUGGGCUAUGAUGACGAAGACUUAGAGCUCUUGGGCUCUGCAUCAUCUGCAUCAACCCUGGGGUCAACUAGUGGGGAGGAAGACGACGUCGAUGAACCCCCUCUAUUCUCGGUCACGGACCGGAACAGGCCUGAUAACUUUACAAUACAUGCAAUGCCCUCGAGCUCCUCAACAUUCUCCAAGUUAUUCCCGUCCUGCCGGAGGCUUCUGAUUCGGCAUGAUGAUUCGACACUCGAUGGGAACAUGAACCUCCGCGUUGAUACGAUGGUUCCUCAUCGCUCCGGCCAUGAACAGGGUGUAGUUCUAUUCCACUUGAGAAUGUACGAUCUGUUUACCAGGCGGUUUUCCCUCAGGAGAUAUUCUCGAGUGUCAGGGCGCGAGAUUUGCAAUUCGAGACGAGCCGUAUCAACCUCUGAAAAGGCGCCAACGCACCAGCGCUCAUGGAGCAGUGUGCUUGCGAGCCUGCGGCCAGGAUCGGGUGGACAUAGGACCCUUCAAGGCACGAAUCACAAACGACGGGGGUCUGAGCAAGGUGAAUUCUUUGAUGAUGGUGUUAUCCUCAAGAGCAAUACCCAUCGACGGGCCGAACUUGGCGAUACGAUCCUUCUUGAAUUUUCCAACUACGCGCAUGUAGAACUGAAACGGAGGGGGCCUGCUGUUAUGACUCAGAGAUACGGGUUUGAAUAUUGGGGUACGAAAUACCAAUGGCGCCGAGAAUCCCACAGUGAUCUCCGUGAAGUGUCUUAUCAUCUGAUCAACCUGCGGACGUCCAAAAAAGUGGCCCACCUAUUGCAGGAGGUCUUGACACCUACGGAGGCAAAUGAAGAGGAAAACAAGGGUGGCUGGAUCCCCCCGUCCUCAAUGUGGAUUAGCGAUAUGUCUGCAUUCAGGAACAUGCAUGACGUUGCCGAUGUCAUCGUGGCCACAGGGCUAAUGGUACUGGUUGACGACUGCAUACGCAGGCGAUGGCACCGCAGCGGCCCCUCUGCACUCAUUCAUUCGCGCUCCUUCUUCUCAAGCCAAAAGCGGCUGGUAGAUGGAAUAUUCCAUCGAUCCUAG